AUGAAUGUAGCACGCAAAUUUGCGGGAAAACGUUUGAUGUCGACACAGCGCUUCGAAAACUUCCGAGUUGUCGAAGUUGGAGCCAGAGACGGUUUGCAGGCUGAGAAAAACUUUGUUCCAACUGAAAUUAAGGUGGAAUUGAUCAAUCGUUUGUCAAGAUGUGGAUUUAAGACUGUUGAAUCAACUAGCUUUGUGUCACCAAAAUGGGUGCCUCAAAUGAGUGAUCACGCCGAUAUUGUCGAAAAAAUAGAUAAAAUUGACGGUGUGAACUACCCAGUCCUCGUGCCAAAUGUUGCUGGCUUAAAGAAUGCGCUAAAAACUGGACAAGUAAAGGAAAUAGCGGUUUUCGGCGCUGCUUCAAAUUCAUUUUCCGCGAAAAAUGUAAAUGCAAACAUUGAAGAUAGUCUUAAUAAGCUCUUAGAAGUAACAUCACUUGCAUUGGAAAAUAAUCUAACAGUUCGCGGAUACGUUUCGUGCGUAGUUGGAUGUCCGUAUGAGGGAAAAAUCGAUCCGAAAGUUGUUGCAAAAGUUUCAGAAAGACUACUCGCAGCUGGAUGCUACGAGAUUUCCCUUGGGGACACAAUUGGGGUAGGAACCGUUCAAACUGUUCGCAAAAUGUUAAAGGAAGUGACUAAAGCAGUCCCGGUUGAGCGGUUGGCUGUUCACUUCCAUGAUACAUAUGGACAGGCGUUGGCUAAUGUAUUAGUCGCUGCUGAAGAAGGAGUUCGUGCUGCUGAUUCUAGCAUCAGUGGUCUAGGAGGAUGUCCAUAUGCUAAAGGAGCUACUGGAAAUCUUGCAACGGAAGAUCUUUUAUAUUUCCUUGAAGGUAACGGUUUUAACACCGGCGUAAAUUUGGACAAAGUUGUUUCAACUGCUCAGUGGUUCAAUGAAGCGACCGGUCGCAGCCAGAUGUCGCGAAUGUCUGCAAUCGAAAGCAUGAUGAAUGAGGAGGAUGUUCUAGACGACAUCGGUCCAUCAGAUCAAGCAAUUGAGAUGACAGAAGGAGAGAUUGAUGCACUUCUAAACGACGAUGAGCAUUCUGGACUCGAUUUAGCGUGCAAUGAACCUUCGCCAAGAUUGGAAAGACAACUGAAAGAGCUUCAAAAUGAGAAUUUAUCACUGUCGAAAAAACUAGCGGAACGCGAUUAUCAAAUUGAAAUUUUGAAGAAACAUCAAGAAGACUACGAAACAGACCAAAAGGUUAAGUCAACAUCGGAACAAUUGCCACAAAAUGCGACAUACAGUGGUCGGAAUUGUGGUCAUCAGUCUGGACCAGAAAAUGGAAAUACAGGGCCGCAUUGCGAACUAAUGGAUAUCGUAAACAGUGACCCACGGGAAAUACUUUGUCUCGUGCCAUUUGUAGACAAGAACUAUUUGAAUCCAAAUUAUAUGCACCAGAGCGUGCCUUCCGUACCUCACGAAUUUAAUACUAUAUCAUUAGAGGUUCAGGUAGAGAUUAAGUCAACCAAGAGUGAUUUUGUCGAAACGUGGCAAAUUGCUGGAGUUGUUCGUUAUAACUACACUCCAAGAAAGAAUCUUCGCAUAUUUGUGCAGACAGCAUCUAUGUACCCUCAUGGGCUUACGACACCAUCUGAAUACAGCAAUGAAAGAAUGGAGUGGGGUGCCUCUGGUUUCCAUCAAUGCUCCCAAAACGGAAGAAAUUUAAAAAUGGUGAAUUUGUUCCCGAAAGCGAUUGAAAGCGAUGACGAAAUUGAAAAUGAUGAGAGUGGUGAUGAGCAAAUCGACGAAGAGGCCGUUUCUGUACGGAAGAAGAGAAAAAUCGCAAAUGCUGCCGAAGAAUUUGCUGAUAAUUUCGUUUUUGAGGGUGAUGGAGCCGGAUUUGUGGACCGAGAAACUGAGGAUUUGCAAAAAUACUUAAAAAAGCAAAUUGCCCCGUCUCUUGACGAAAAAAUUGCUGAAGCGCGGCGACUUAAAAAUACCGGCAAAGCAGUAAUUGUCGAAGGAGAAGAGGACAGGGAUGAUGGCGAACAGUCAGACGACGAAAUUCAACAGUUGGGAGGUCGUGAAACACGAGAUACGGUUCGCGAAAAAAAGAAGCUUGGAAAAUCAAAAAAAUCAACGGGACGCGAUGAUUUUUUUUCGGCGUCAAUUGAUGGGAAGCAACUAGACAAUACUACCCAGAUCACAUUUGAUCAGAUGAACUUAAGCAGACAGAUUUUGAAGGCUAUCGGAUCUGCUGGAUUUACUGACCCAACUCCAAUUCAGCAGGCAUGCAUUCCUGUUGCUUUAACCGGAAAGGACAUUUGUGCUUGCGCAGCAACUGGUACUGGUAAAACUGCCGCGUUUGUUCUUCCAAUUUUGGAAAGAAUGCUCUUUCGCCCGAAAGGACCUAGCUGCACCAGAGUUCUAGUUCUUGUUCCUACGAGAGAACUGGCCAUUCAAGUGUUCCAGGUUUUUCGAAAGCUCUCAACAUUCAUUCAAUUAGAAGUUUGUCUUUGUGCUGGUAAGUGA